UCCCGGAGCGUAGCCGCCGUGGCGUCUGCAGAAGAAGAGGAAAGUAUUGCUGCGCCCCUUCGUACUCCGAGAUCCUUUUCCUCGGCCGACCGGGUGAGUGGCACACAUGUUGGAAGCCCCCACCGAGAAGGGUCGGGUCGGCGGAACAUGAAAAACUGACUCCUGCGUGGAUGGCUCUGGGUGUUCGGACGAGCUGGGGCAGAGGACGGGUGAGCUUCUCGCGCUUACUUGAGCCUCCGAAGGCGACCUGCUCGUGGUGAUGUGUGAGCGCGCUUCUUUCGGCUACCUUGCGGCGCCUCAUCACCUGUGAUGCCAGCACCCACCGCGCUCUUAAGCCCGUCUUUUGCCUCUUGGUUCCUGCUGCACCGCCAAGGUGGUAAUCUCGGUUAGGACGCCCGUAAGCUUGUGGGAAAGGUGGCUUGUUUCAUUAUGUGUGCAUCAGUCAAAUAUAACACCCGGGGUCCAGCCCUCAUUCCAAGAAUGAAGACCAAACACCGCAUCUACUACAUUGCUCUUUUCUCAGUUGUUCUGCUGGGCCUCAUUGCUACAGGCAUGUUUCAGUUCUGGCCACACUCCAUAGAGUCCUCAAAUGACUGGACAAUUGAAAAGCGCAGCAUUCAUGAUGUACCUGUAGUCAAGAUUCCUGCAGACAGUGCCAUCCCAGAACGAGGAGAUCUCAGCUGCAGGAUGCAUACAUGUUUUGAUGUCUACCGUUGUGGCUUCAAUCCCAAAAAUAAGAUCAAAGUCUAUAUUUACUCUCUAAAGAAGUAUGUGGAUGAAUACAACUUGCCAGUCAGUCAUACCAUUUCCAGGGAAUACAACGAACUGUUAACUGCUAUCUCCGACAGUGACUUCUACACAGAUGACAUCAACCGUGCCUGCCUGUUUGUGCCAUCAAUUGAUGUACUGAACCAGAAUACACUUCGUAUCAAGGAAACAGCUCAGGCUUUGGCACAGCUAUCCCGCUGGAAUCGAGGGACAAAUCACCUCUUGUUCAACAUGUUGCCUGGAGGGCCGCCUGACUACAACACAGCACUAGAUGUUCCAAGAGACAGAGCUCUGUUGGCAGGAGGAGGAUUUUCUACAUGGACCUACCGGCAAGGUUAUGAUGUCAGUAUUCCUGUUUAUAGCCCAUUUUCUGCAGAGGUGGAGCUGCCAAAUAAAGCACUAGGUCCCCGUAGGUAUUUUCUCCUUGCUUCUCAAAUGGCUCUUCAUCCUGAAUACCGUUCUGACUUGGAGGCUGUUCAAGCUGAGAAUGCAGAGACUGUGUUGAUCCUGGACAAAUGUACCAACCUUUCAGAGGGAAUCCCUGUUAUUCGUAAGCGUUGCCACAAGAAUCAGGUCUUCGAUUAUCCUCAGGUGCUUCAGGAAGCCACGUUCUGUGUGGUUCUGCGGGGAGCCCGGUUGGGACAAGCUGUACUGAGUGAUGUACUUCAAGCUGGCUGCAUUCCUGUUGUCAUUGCUGACUCUUAUGUUCUGCCUUUCUCUGAAGUUCUGGACUGGAAGAGAGCUUCUGUGGUGAUACCUGAAGAAAAGAUAUCUGAGAUGUACAACAUUCUGCAAAGCAUACCUCAGCGACAGAUAGAGGAGAUGCAGAGUCAGGCAAGAUGGUUCUGGGAAGCUUAUUUUCAAUCAAUGAAAGCUAUUGCUUUGGCAACUCUCAAGAUUAUCAAUGACAGGAUCUACCCAUAUGCUGCCACAUCAUAUGAAGAAUGGAAUGAUCCCCCAGUAAUUAAAUGGAGUAGCGUCAGCAACCCACUCUUUCUUCCACUGAUCCCACCUCAGUCACAAGGCUUCACUGCUAUUGUCCUGACCUACGAUCGGGUUGAAAGUCUCUUUAGAGUCAUCACUGAAGUCUCAAAGGUGCCCAGCCUUUCAAAGUUAUUAGUAGUUUGGAACAACCAGAAUAAAGUUCCACCGGAAGAAACUGUUUGGCCGAAAGUUCGAGUACCAUUAAAGGUUGUACGGACUACAGAAAACAAACUGAGUAACCGCUUCUUCCCCUAUAAUGAGAUUGAAACAGAAGCAGUGCUGGCCAUUGAUGACGAUAUAAUUAUGUUGACUUCAGAUGAGCUGCAGUUUGGUUAUGAGGUAUGGAGAGAGUUCCCUGACCGGCUGGUUGGAUAUCCUGGUCGCCUGCAUUUGUGGGACCAUGAAACAAACAAAUGGAAAUAUGAGUCAGAAUGGACCAAUGAAGUUUCAAUGGUGCUUACAGGGGCAGCAUUUUAUCACAAGUAUUUUAACUACUUAUACACUUACAAAAUGCCCGGGGAUAUCAAGAACUGGGUGGAUGCUCAUAUGAAUUGUGAAGACAUUGCCAUGAAUUUUCUAGUGGCCAACGUUACUGGAAAAGCAGUCAUUAAGGUGACUCCCAGAAAGAAAUUCAAAUGUCCAGAAUGCACAGCUAUUGAUGGCUUAUCCCUAGACCAGACACACAUGGUGGAAAGGUCUGAAUGCAUUAACAAGUUUGCCUCUGUCUUUGGGACUAUGCCUCUGAAAGUAGUGGAACACCGGGCAGAUCCAGUCUUGUACAAAGACGACUUCCCUGAAAAACUGAAGAGUUUUCCUAACAUUGGAAGCUUGUAAAGAAUAGACACAGGGCAAAUUGGAUAUUGGAAUCCAAUACAUAAACAGUGACUGGUACUAAGAAAACGCAUCGGGCCUUGAAGAAAUGUGCCAGGGAGUAUUACAGAGGUGCUUCACUCCUCAUAUAUAAUUCAAGUUUUUUCCAUGAACCACAAGACUCUUAACACAGCGCAAAGCAAAUGUGCCUGUACUGCAUCAAAACACAUGCUGCUUUCUUGCUGUAUGGGUCUACUGAAAUGCCAUGCAAAUAUUUAUUUGUUCUAUAGAGCUCUCAUGCUGGCAUAGAGUUAAGCACAAACAGUACAGAAUUUUUCUGCACAUGUACCAACAACAAAGAUUCUUCUCGAAGGGCUACUGGUUGUCACUUCAAUCUAUUGUGGAACAACAUGGCCGCUUCCCCUAAAAGCUGCUUCCUGUAUUUGAUGCAAAGAUCCCACAUGUCCCUUCUAUGCAAAGCUGACUUGCAGCCUUUGAGGUUAAUGAUAAGCAUUAAUUCUUUUGCAGAUAUGCCACUUAUUUUGCUCAGUAAGAUCGGAGAAGAAAAUUGUCGUGACAUUUGCUUAAACUUCUACAUUACAAGGGAAAAAAGGAUAACCACUGGAGUAGAAUAAAGUAGUGGCCAAUUAUUUCCUUUACUUAGAUCUACUUCUUCAUGAAUGUGGACACAUUUCAUGUUUUCUCUCAUAGAAGAGAAGACCAUGUGGUUGACCACCUUUGAACCUUCAUUUUAAGCAUGUGCAAUGAAUAUUUCAGUCUUGGGAUUUUUUUAUGUCUCAGUCCUCUUUUCUUACCCUGCUGGAACAUUUUUCAGUUCAGAUACAUAUGGUCAGCACGAAAACCAAUGUAGCAUCAAAAUAAGUACAGUUUAUACUCUGGAACUGUUUAGAAAACAGUAUAUUGUGUUCAAACUCUUAAAUAUAUUUCUGGAGGGAAUUUCUGACCUGCCAUCUUCUGAAAGCUACCAAGUGUUAGCGUGUAUUAGUAUGUAGAAUUCACUGCCCGUAAAAUGAUUAAAAUCCAUUAAAUGACUGAUGCUAAAGUAAUCAUGAUACUUGCAGUGUAUGUGCCUGCAGAUGAUGAUGGUGGGGUAGUGCCCUGGAUUUGAAAAUUCACUACCCCAUGAAGGGCCACAGUUCGGUAGUACUGCACUGUGGAACUUGCUUCUCAAAAUCAGACAGGCACCAACUGUCCGUACUUAUAACUGUAUGUGAAAACCUUUUUUAUUUCUGCAGGCCUUCCCAGGAGGAUGAACUAUCCACUGAUAGGAAUUUGUUAGCAGGUUUUUUUAAUGAGAAUGAAUUGUAUCUGUUUUAUUAUAUUUCAUUUUUAUUUUUGUGCAUCACAAUGAUAUUCCCAAAUGGUUAGCAGUUGUACAUAUAUAUGUAAUAAACAAAUAGCAGAAUAUAUGCUUUGCAUGCAGAAGAUCCCAGGUUCAAUCCCUGGCAUCUCCAGAUGAAUGGAAUGAACUGCCUUCAAGUUGAUUCUGACUUAUGGCGACCCUAUGAAUAGGGUUUUCCUAGUAAAUGGUAUUCAGAGGUGGUUUACCAUUGCCUUCCUGUGAGGCUGAGAGGCAGUGACUGGCCCAGGGUCAGCCAGUGAGCAUCAUGGAUGUGUGGGGAUUUGAACCCUGGUCUCCCAGGUUGUAGUCCAACACACUAACCACUACACCACACUUAGGGCUGGGAAAAACUGCUGCCUGAAACCCUGGAGAGCUCCGCCAGUCAGUAUAGGCAAUAUUGAGCUAGACAGAUUGAUAGUCAACUCAGAAUAAGGAAACAUCAUAGUAAAUGGCACAUGUAAAAUAGUUAAGGGGGUACAUCGGUAUGACCUCGUCUGACGUAUGAACAGGCAUGCUUUUGAAUUGCACAGAACUCUUCACCAGAAGUUAAUUUGAAUAACACGUAUACCUUAUUUAUGUUGGAUUUCUUUUUUCCCCUUUGUCCAACACAACAGCAGGUGUAUAAUACUCAAAUUAGAGGUAAUAGACAUUUGUUUCGGAGAGUUAUUUCUCUACAGUUUUAAGUUGACUAAAUAAAAAUACUGUCUUGCUUAUGUGCAUUUAGGGGAGGAAAGAGUUUUCUUCAUUGCAUCAACAGGGUAUGUUCCAGUUAGAUGCAUUAUGGGAGAUUAUCACAUGUUUCUGAGGUCCACUCCACUGUAGUUUUCAGAGGUUAUUCAGUCUAUGGUGACACCCAUCCCCCCGAGUAUCCUGGUAAAAAAAAAAAUUGCUCCCUGUCAUGGUGAUGCUUAUAGAACACUAGCUGGAAGGGCACAUUCCAACUUCAAACUAUCAGGGAAAGUAGACUAUAUCAUUCAUUAGGGAAGGGUUUUUGUUACAUUUUUUUUUCUAAACUUCCUUCAGAUUACAUCUUAUAUUCUUGACUAGAAAAUUAUGCUGGAUGGUGGAAGGCUCAAUGAGCUUUCUUUUGAGCCACACAGAACUCUUCAGCAGAAGCGGAUUUGGAUAAGGCAUAUCAUUGUCACUCACUUCUCUUCUGAGUGAGGCAGAAGACUCCCUCCAUGCUCAAAAGAGCUUCAUCUAAGCUGUUUCUGCCAUAGAAGCCUCCUUUCCUUGGUGCAGCAUGUGUCAGCAGGCACUGCAAGGCAAGUGAGAGUGGGUUGCUUCUCUGAGCCCCAUUCUUCCCAGUGGCUUGAAUGACAAAGAAAAGUGGCAGGUGGUGAGGGAGGGUACUCUCAGAAGAAGGAUCCCAUCACCCCAAUAUGAAAUGCUACCUUUUUACCAGUGAGAACAUAAGCUCAACAAUCUAAUUGCUUAUUUUAUGUACGUUUCACUAUAGACAAUCGUCACUAACAGUACAGCUUUAAAAAAAAUCCUUUCAGUUCCUUUCUUAGGAAUACAAUACACGAGUCCCUUAAGAAUUUAUCUUACGUGCGUAUGUGUUCUUACAGACCUAACGGUGCUGUAAUCCCUUAUUUUUAAUGCAGAUUCUGUCAGAUGCCUCCAUUGUUAGUUUGUACUGUUGCCAAGCCUCAGGUUGCAAUUAGUUACCUCAACAGUUGUCUUCAUCCUUUUCCUCUCCAUUUUCCUCUUCUGUCAACUGGACUUCUCUGUCUUUUCCAAUGUCAGGCCAACACACACACCCCAUUCCUGUCAGAUUCUCUUUAUUUUUGUAAGAAUCUCUUACUGAUUAAGACUGAUUUCCCAUUGGUCAAGGCUGAAACAGUUUCUUGCUCCAGUCAACACUGUUGGUGGCGCAAAUUAGUGCUAAACUGGUAGUAUGAUAAACAGUACCUACAGCAAUUGUUCAAUUUGGGGCAAUUUUCACAGUCCAUUGCUUUGGAAUUUUGUGCUCUUGCUUUACCCCACUUCAUACUCAAUUCACCUUGGAGGUGUUCUGUAUGGUGAAUCAAUGUGCUGAAAGAACUGAAGAAACCUCUUGUGUGAGCUGCCUUUUGUUUCCAAAAGAAGGGUUAUGCCAGUGUAGUAUUUCCCUAAAUGUGCCCACAUGGGCUUUAGUACGUUGGUGUAUAUUUUCCUAAAGAUAAAGCAUAUAGAACUGGGAGUGCAGUUGUUCUCCCCACUACGAGUUUAUGAACUGGAGAAUGAACUAUUGCAGUAAGUGUUAACUUGCCACCAUUUCACACUUGACAUUUUUAAAAGAUGUACACUUAAUGAUAUUUCAAGUGUAAAAUGUGAAUGCAAUAAAUGUGUUUGUACUUUUUUCUUCAGGGAGCUGUGAUAAGCUCCAGCUCCUUGUUUGAGUGUACAUCAGUAGCAAACCCAGAAUUGCUGCUGUAUAAUGUGAAAACAAUCAGAAGCAGUCUGAAAUAUCUCUCUACCCACCUAGAUUUCAGAAACAUUAAGCAAACACACACUAUUGUAUUUGAAGGAACUGCAGUGAAUAUUCCUUUUUAAAAAGAAAGUCUUAGAGCAGUAAAAUGUGUUACAGGAAUUGUCCUAAAAACACUUCACAGCUGCGUUUGUGUUUUUAACUGUUAGCAUUCUUUAGUGUAGAAGUUGUCCAGGCACCACAUUUCCCCUGUUUGUGUGUGUGUAAAUUUUCUUUUCAAAAA